GACUGACUAGUACACGACAUUUUCCACCAGUGGAGCUAAACGUACGGCUUAGCAAUCAAACUCCCACCUCAUCCAGAGGUUUCUUGCAACAGGUUGAUUUCCAACGAGAAUCUACAAGUUCCAGUGCAGGACAGGGAGUUUGUCUUAACUCAGUUGAGUCGGGGAAAUCUGAAGGACUUCCUGAUUUGAGCUGGAAACCCAGGCUGAAGUCACUAUCAUGGCUUCAAGAACUCCGUGUCGGGAAAAGCCUGAAUUGGAAACUGUACACCACACUCGAGAACAAACAUGGAGGCUUUUCAUGUUGGAGGAUUGAGUUUCUGUGUGCUAAAUAUUAAAAAAACCUACUUGUAGCACAAAUUCAAAAUGAGUCAUGAGGAACAAAGUGAAGGGACAGGGCUGAGGGAUCUCUAUGAUAUACUAGCCAGUGUGCCACCGGAGCAAGUGCUGAGCCUGACAUUCCAGCUUGGGGAGUCUCCUGAAGAUAAUAUCAUACACGCCUUGUGUCUGAUUAUUCUCCGUAAAGAGGAGAAAGCCCUGGACAAACUCCACAUGCUGGGGCACAACGACCUUGCGAAGCAUCUGGCUGAAAUAUGGAGUAAGAGCGGGUGUAAAUUAGAAGACUUUGCAGAGCACUGUAGUAAAUCUCAGGAUUUAACGGGACAAUCUUUGGCAGCGUUGGCUCGUGUGUUUAAAAUUCUGUCCGAGCACAGACUGUGUGAUCAACUUUUAAGGAAUCUGGCUUACAAGAGGGCCCUUUCCAGCAACAGUCAAAAUCCAGACGUUGAUGAGGAUUUGUUAUAUGAUCAACUCCAAGAGGAAGCUAAAGAUGUGUGUGGGCCUCACCUUGCUGUGCAGACGUGUUCCUCCAGUGACCUCAAAUCAGAUUUUUACAAUGAUACCCCUAACAGCCGGGUCGAAGGCGUUACAACACAGGUUCGAGGUCUUCCCAGUCUGCUGCAGUCAAGCUGCUCUGAGCCAUCAUAUCCCACACAUUUGGAGAUCAGCCUGCCCCCAACAAUCCCAUACGAGGGGGACAAAAUAACUCCAGAAGCAUUAGGAAACCCAGAACAAAGCCCUAUCGACAGCCUAAAUGACAGCACAUCUCUGGAGCAAUCUCACCUUUCAUCUGUGGAAUCACAGCCGACAUCCAGUGAAGCUCCUGAGCUGGAAGAGUCAAAGAUAGAUGCAGCAUCUGAAACAGAGCGUGGAAAGCAUCAGGAGGGGGAGUUCAACAAGAAAGAACCUUUUAACCAAAGCACCACACCAACAACAGGACCAAAACAUCCACUGCCAUUUGCGACAAACUCUGUUUUACCCGAAAGAACAGCCUCACUAGGGGCCAAUUUGAGUAAAUGUGUAGAAGAAGAGGAUGAGGUCAGAUUUUAUCCAUUUGUCAUCCUGCAUGCUCCAGAAGAUGCUGAAGUGGCAGAGAGCAUGAAGGAAAAACUGGAGAGCGUCCUCUGUAGUGAGGGUGCAACUUUCUCUGAGGACUUUGCAGUACCUGGCAAGAGCACCAUAAGGUGCAUAGAGGACGCCAUCAACAACUCGGCUUUUACUGUUCUGCUGCUCACCCGAAACUUCAACACACGUAUGUUGGAACUGAAAACCAACUCGGCCCUGAUCAACUCCAUUAACAAGCAGCACAAGUACAACACCGUCAUACCUUUGGUGCCAAGGGAGAAUGGCAUGCCCAGGCACCGCAUGCCUUUAGUGCUGCAGACCGUUGUUCCACUGGAGGAGAAGAAAAGCUUCGAGAACAAAAUAAAAAGGGCUUUCUCGCCUGCAAAAAUUCAACGGCAGAGGAGCAUUUGGUCGGAAGAGCAGAGAACACAUCAAAGGCAGCUGGCCCAGGGGUGUGAAGAAGCACAUAUGCUGGAAAAUCUCAACUUUGUGGGCUCGGUGGACUUUUCCAGUGCGCCAUCGGUCUUGCAGCAGCAUCCAAACAUUCAUAUUGAAAAUGCUAGCUAUGUUAUGAUCGGCAAUGACUCUCACAUGACCGUGGAUUACUGUGGAGUUCCAGAGAGAGAGAUCCAAUUGUCAGAGAAGAGAGGAAAAAAAUAGAUUGGCAUGGCAAAAUUUCGAGUUAAAACUAUAACAUCUGGAAAAGAUUAUCUGUUUUAUCAACACUAAAAGGUAACCUGUUUCAAAAGCUCUUGGGUAUAAUUACUAUCCCGUGAGUCACUGCAUUUCUAUAAAAGCAAAAUCAAUUAAACGGACUAGCAAGAGCCAGGAGUCCAAUGAACUGUCAUGCCAUACAAGGGACUAGAUUAAUUUUUAACGUAAGAGUGCUACCUACUGGCAAAAGUCUGAUUUACACUUGCUAUAUUACACUUCAGAAUCAGAAUCAUCUUUAUUUCCCAAGUAUGUCAAAAACCCACAAGGAAUUUGUCUCCGGUAGUUGGAGCCGCUCUAGUACGACAACAGACAGUCAAUUGACAGAAUACUUUUGAGACAUAAAGACAUUGGAAAAAAAAAAAAAAAAGUCACUGAUAAAUAAAAGGUUGCUAGUAAUCUGGGGGGCUUUUUUUUAUUGUGCAAAAAGAUGCAGAGUCCUCUAGCAAUUAGAGCAGUUUGGAAUGACUAAUAGAACAAUAGUCUAGUGCAAUGACCAUUGUGCAAAGGGCACCGAGACUUCAAGAAAUGUUAUGUAGUUUAAAGUGACUAGUAGUGCGAUAAUCUAGGACAAUGUCAAUUGUGCAAAUGGUGCAGCUGCUCCUCAAGCACAUGAGUGGCCAGUAUUGGUCAACAACAGAUAUGCAAAUAGUGCAGCGAUGCCAAGACUACUACAGUGAGUGCACGAGUAAUGUAUAAUUGGCCAGACAGAAAUGUGACAACAAACUCAAGACAGAAAAUUAGCAGCAUGUUGCAAUGGAAUUGUAAGUUAACUGUUUAAGAAGUUAAUGGGAAGAGAGAAGAAGCUGCUGGAAUGUCUGCUUGUUGUAGUUUGCAUUGUUCGGUAGCGCCUACCUAAGGGAAGGAACUGGAAGAGGUGGUGACCAGGAUAUGGAGGGUCCAAGAGGAUUUUGCAUGCUUUUUUCUUAGAUUAGAUUAUACUUCACUGUGAUUAGUUAGCAAGGUCCACUUUACAGUUCUGAGGUUGGGGGUUUGAAUCUCAACUCCGGCUUUUCUGCGUGGAGUUUUUGUGUUCUUUCCGUGUUUGGGUGCUUUUUCUCCGGGUACUCUGGCUUAUCACCACAUUCCAAAAGUGUCCAUGUUCGGUUAAUUAAGAAUUAUAUAUUAUCCAUAGGUGUGAGUGUGAAUGGUUGGCUAACUGGCAACUUUUCCAGUGUACCUGUCGCCAAAAGCCAAAAGCAGCUGGCAUAGGCUCCAGCUCACCUGUGACCAUAAUGAGGACAAUAUAGAAAAUGAAUGAAUGGAUCAAAGAAGUUUGUUUAUUAAGUGUUGGAAAAAAAAACAGAAGUACAUUAUCAAAAAUGUUUAUCUUGCAAUACAAUUUUAUUUUUGAUAAAUGUAAAAUCACAACA